CAAUUUUCAGAUCAUAUUAUCCAACAAAACACAGAUUCUACAAAAUGGAAGUUCACCCUGUCGGAAACAAGACGGCGUGUGUCAUCGGCGGCACCGGUUUCGUGGCGGCUUUGCUAGUCAAACUCCUCCUUCAGAAGGGUUACUCCGUCAACACUACCGUUAGAGACCCUGAUAAUCAGACAAAAACAUCCCAUCUGUUAGAACUUCAGAAAUUGGGUUCCUUAAAAAUCUUCAAAGCUGAUCUAACAGAUGAACAUAGUUUCGAUGCUCCAAUCGCUGGCUGCGAUUACGUUUUCCAUGUCGCCACGCCAGUUAACUUUGCUUCUCAAGACCCAGAGAACGACAUGAUUAAACCGGCAAUCAAAGGAGUUUUAAACGUGCUAAACGCCUGUUCGAAUGCGAAAACUGUAAAACGCGUAAUCUUAACAUCAUCAGCAGCUGCAGUUUCUGUAAAUGAACAAACAGGAACCGGUUUAAUCAUGGAUGAAACUCAUUGGACUGAUGCAGAAUUCUUAGCAUCUGCUAAACCUCCAACUUGGGGAUAUCUUCUAUCCAAAACACUAGCAGAGAAAGCUGCAUGGAAAUUUGCUGAAGAAACCCCAAAUCUCGAUCUAAUAACCAUAAUCCCCACCUUAAUGGCUGGUCAUUCUCUAACUGAAGAAAUCCCCUCCAGCAUCCGUAUCGCCACCGCCUUAAUCACAGGAAAUGAGUUCUUGAUUAAUGGGUUGAAAGGAAUGCAAAUGCUUUCUGGGUCUAUAUCAAUAACCCAUGUUGAAGAUGUUUGUCUUGCUCAUAUAUAUUUGGCUGAGAAAGAAUCGGCUACUGGUCGGUAUAUUUGCUGUGCGUCUAACACUAGCUUACCGGAGCUUGCUAAGUUCUUGAACAAUCGAUAUCCUGAGUACAAGGUUCCGACAGAGUUUGGGGAUUUUCCGUCGAAAUCGAAGUUGAUAUUGUCGUCUGAAAAGCUUACUAAGGAAGGGUUUGUCUUUAAGUAUGGGAUUGAAGAUGUUUAUGAUCAUACCAUUGAUUACUUUAAGGAGAAAGGGGUUUUGAAGAAUUAAUGCGGCUGCGUUUGCGUUUGCGAUCGCGAUUGAGAUUAAGGGCGCGUUUAUUAAAAUAAGGCUCUGUUUGAGUUGGCUGCUCUUAUUUCUUUAUGUGUGUUUUUAUCUUAAGCAUUAAUGUUUUAAUCAAGUGAAUUAAUGAAAAUGCUUCAAUUUCCCUAAUUAUAAGAAUA